CCCCUCCCGCUCUCUCUUCUCCUCUUCUUCUCCCCUACGCCCGCCCCUCUCCCAAAAAUUCCCUAUCUUUCUCCCGUUCCAACUAAUCCUCGCUUCCUCCUGUUUCUUUAGCUUCUCGAUGGCUGGAAAAUCUAAGGGAAAGAAUAAGGGGAGAACAUUGAAUUCCGAUUCCCUGAGUUCAGCAGAAUCACAACUGAAGCCACUAGAUUCAUCGGCAUUAUCCCAUGAUGGUUCGGGUGCUGUGGAAGCAUCUAAUGGUGAUGCCAAUGGAGUCGAAGGGGCAAGUAGAACUCCUGCAACGGAUGGUAGUGUGGGUGACAAGGCACAGAAGGGAGAUGCUCCAGCAACAGCUACAAAGCAGGCUGAAGGUGAUCUUCAUCUCUACCCUGUGCCAGUCAAGGCACUUUCUGGUGAGAAACUAGAGUUGCAGCUAAGCCCAGGGGAUUCUGUGAUGGAUGUCAGACAGUUCCUUCUUGAUGCUCCAGAGACUUGUUUCUUUACUUGCUAUGAUUUGUUUUUGCAUACAAAAGAUGGUUCCAGUCAUCAUUUAGAAGACUACAAUGAAAUUUCUGAAGUUGCAGAUAUUACUGCCGGUGGUUGCUCCUUAGAGAUGGUUGCAGCAUUAUACAAUGACAGAUCCAUCCGGUCUCAUAUCCAUCGUUGCCGGGAAUUGCUCUCUCUUGCAAGUUUGCAGCCAUCCUUAUCGACAUUGCUGGCUUUGCAGCAUGAAAACACACAACAAAAAACUUCAGAUGCUGUGAAAGUGGAAUCUGCAGAGACUGAUCGACCAGGAUUCAUGGAGGAUAUUACUGGUGCCCUUUCUGAUCUGCUGUCAUCGCCCUCACCUAAGGAGAUCAAAUGUGUUGAGAGCAUCAUUUUCUCCACUUUUAACCCUCCUCCAAGUUACAGGAGAUUAGUUGGAGAUCUGAUUUAUAUGGAUGUAGUGUCACUAGAAGGAAACACAUAUUGCAUCACAGGAACCACACGAGGUUUUUAUGUGAAUUCUAGCACAGCAAGAAUUCUGGAUCCUAGACCAUUAAAGCCUGCUUAUGAGACAAGCACUCUAAUUGGUUUGUUGCAAAAGAUCAGCUCCAAGUUCAAGAAAGGUUUUCGGGAAAUUUUGGACCGAAAAGCAUCUACACAUCCUUUUGAAAGUGUUCAAUCACUUUUGCCACCAAAUACAUGGUUGGGAGUAUAUCCUAUUCCAGAUCAUAAAAGGGACCCAGCAAGGGCAGAAGAUUCUCUUUCUCUUUCAUUUGGAAGCGAGCUUAUCGGCAUGCAAAGGGAUUGGAAUGAAGAAUUACAGUCAUGUCGAGAGUUUCCUCAUAAGACUCUUCAAGAAAGGAUAUUGCGUGAAAGGGCUCUUUAUAAAGUGACUUGUGAUUUCGUUGAUGCAGCAAUCGAGGGUGCAAUAGGAGUCAUCAGCAGAUGUAUUCCCCCUAUUAAUCCAACAGAUCCUGAGUGUUUUCAUAUGUAUGUACAUAAUAACAUUUUCUUCAGUUUUGCUGUGGAUGCUGACCUUGGACAUACGUCCAAAAGUCAAGAACCAAAUGUUCAGAUGAACUCUAGAGAUGUUUCUGAAAACUGUGAGGACAAAGUAUCAUGUAAUCCUCCGGCAAGGACCGCUGGUAAUAAGUUGUUUGGGGCCACUGCCAACUCCAGCAUGUGUAUGUCCACGAGCCCAGAUAAAGAACAAAAACAAGGUGUUUCAGAUCUCAUGACUGAUGCAUCUGCUGAGGUGCAGAUUGCUGAUAGUGAGCAGGCCACAUAUGCUUCUGCAAAUAAUGAUCUGAAAGGAACCAAAGCCUACCAGGAAGCUGAUGUUCCUGGACUUUAUAAUCUUGCAAUGGCUAUAGUUGAUUACAGAGGCUAUAGAGUGGUAGCACAGAGCAUUAUUCCUGGUAUCCUUCAAGGAGAUAAAUCAAACUCCCUACAGUAUGGUUCCGUUGACAAUGGAAAGAAGAUCUAUUGGAAUGAAUCAUUUCAUUCCAAGGUUGUAGAGGCAGCCAAGUGCCUCCACUUGAAGGAACACAUGGUGUUGGAUGGUUCGGGAAAUGCUGUCAAAUUAGCUGCUCCAGUAGAAUGCAAGGGUAUUGUGGGUAGUGAUGACAGGCACUAUCUUUUGGAUUUGAUGAGAGUGACUCCGCGUGAUGCAAAUUAUAUUGGACCAGCACACCGAUUUUGUGUCUUGAGGCCUGAGCUUGUUGCUUCAUUUUGUGUGGCUGAAGCAGCAGAGAGGUCACAAUCUAGUGCUAAAACAACAACACAGGCCCCAGAAGCCCCGUGCAAUCAAGAUAUUAGCAGUGGCGAUGUAACGGUUACCGUAGAAGACAGCUCAAAUACGGAUGAAGAACGUGCUCCUGCGCCUUUUGUGCUUGGUAUCUCAUCUGACAAAAUACUUCUGAAUCCGAAUGUGUUUACUGAUUUUAAAAUGGCCGGUGACCAAGAGGAAAUUAAUGCUGAUGAAUCAGUUGUUAGGAAAGCUGGUUCUUAUCUCGUGGAUGUGGUUAUCCCAAAAUGUGUUCAAGAUCUUUGCACUCUUGAGAUUUCACCUAUGGAUGGCCAAACAUUAGCUGAUGCACUCCAUGCUCAUGGGAUAAACAUUCGAUAUCUUGGAAAAGUAGCUAAUAUGAUCAAGCAUUUGCCUCAUCUAUGGGAUAUAUGCUCCACUGAGAUUGUUGUUAGGUCAACGAAGCACAUCCUAAAGGAUUUACUUAGGGAGUCUGAGGAUCAUGAUCUAGGGCCAGCCAUCACACAUUUCUUUAAUUGUUUUAUUGGGCAUGUUUCACCUGUUGCUGCAAAAGGCAAUUCAGACAAUAUGCAGUCAAAAACCCAAAAGAAAGCCCAAGGACGCCACCAAUCUCAGCAUAAGUUCAUGAAGGGUCAAAUUAGACGGCUCCAUGGAGAAUUUUCUACUAAAAAUCAUCUAUCAUAUAUGCAUUUAACCUCUGAAGGAUUAUGGUCUCGCAUUCAGGAAUUUGCAAAUUUCAAAUAUCAGUUUGAAUUACCAGAUGCUGCAAGGACUCGGGUAAAAAAGCUGGCAGUUAUUCGCAAUUUGUGCCAAAAGGUAGGGAUAACAAUUGCAGCGAGAAAGUAUGAUCUUGGUGCUUCACUACCAUUCCAAACCUCAGAUAUUUUGAAUCUCCAACCUGUUGUAAAACAUUCGGUUCCUACGUGUUCAGAAGCAAAGGAUCUCAUGGAAUCAGGGAAAGCUAGAUUAUCUGAGGGACUGCUCAAUGAGGCUUACACUCUUUUUUCUGAAGCCUUUUCCAUACUUCAGCAAAUUACAGGUCCUUUGCACCGAGAUGUGGCUAGUUGUUGUCGGUAUCUGGCAAUGGUUUUAUAUCAUGCGGGUGACAUCGCAGGAGCAAUUGUGCAACAGCAUAAAGAACUAAUUAUAAAUGAGCGUUGCCUUGGUCUAGAUCACCCUGACACUGCUCAUAGCUAUGGGAAUAUUGCUCUUUUCUACCAUGGUCUAAAUCAGACAGAACUUGGUCUGCGUCAUAUGUCUCGGACACUGCUUCUACUUAGCUUAUCAUCAGGGCCUGAUCAUCCUGAUGUUGCAGCAACCUUCAUAAAUGUUGCUAUGAUGUACCAGGAUAUCGGAAACAUGGAAACUGCUCUCCGGUAUUUACAAGAAGCUCUGAAAAAGAAUGAAAGGCUUCUUGGUCCUGAACAUAUUCAGACUGCAGUGUGUUAUCAUGCUCUUGCCAUUGCAUUUGACUGUAUGGGUGCCUACAGACUUUCUAUUCAGCAUGAAAAGAAAACUCAUGAUAUACUAGUUAAGCAGCUUGGAGAGGAAGAUUCAAGAACAAAAGAAUCAGAAAGUUGGAUGGAGACAUUUAGAUUGCGUGAACAGCAGGUGAAUGCACAAAAGCAAAAAGGACAAACUGUUGAUUCUGCUUCUGCCCUCAAGGCUAUCAAUAUUUUGAAGGCAAAUCCUGAACUGGUACAAGCUUUCCAAACUGCAGCCAGGUCUUGGAAUGCCGGCUUAACAGUCAAUAAGUCUCGAAGCACUUCUGUGGUUGGUGAGGCCCUUCCUCGUGGAAGGAGAGUUGACGAGAGAGCAGCUCAAGCAGUAGCAGAAGCACGGAAGAAAGCUGCAGCCAGAGGCAUCCUCGUUCGCCAGAAUGCAGCUCCUGUCCAACCGUUGCCCCCAUUAUCACAACUGCUCAACAUCAUCAAUUCAAGUUCUACUCCUGAUGCUCCAAAUAGUGGCCAAGCACAAGAACCCAAGGAUGCAGGUAAUGGCUGGGUGUCUGAUGGCUCUGUUGGGGCUACUGAUGCCAGUGGGUCAGGCCACAAAGAUGAAGCUCCUGUUGGAUUAGGGACAUCUUUAGCUUCAUUGGACUCCAAGAAACAAAAAUUAAAAUCCAAAGCCACAUCAUGAUAAAGGAAGCGUUGAAGAUUUAUAUAUCAAGGUUGGCCAUGGAUCUAUAGUAACUGAUUUAAUAUCCGUUACUUGGUCACCGGGGAAUGGAGGUACACUUAAAUCAGUUAACAUUUUCAAUGGGUAUCUAAAACAUUAAUAGGGUGAUGUUAGGUGGAAGCCUAAAACGCAGAGAAGAGAUGCUAAAGCUGGCCAGGGGGAUUUUUCUUCCCCCUUAAUUUUCAUUCAUAAAUCCCAGUGUUGUAGACACUAAUUAAAUUCAAUUCCAGCUGAGA